CGUUACUGAUGCCAGAGCCAUUAGAUUCUGCAAGUGGCUAUUAGUUAAUGUUCAGUGAACAUUGUUCAUUUACUCCUGUGUCUUGCCUACUCUCUGAAUGGGUGUUGAACUGUAAUCACUUUCAUCUUGCAACUAGUGAAUUAUUAUUAAGAUCACAAUGAAUAUCAACGAUUUACCUGAUGAUUGUUUAAUAUUGAUUUUCGAACAGUUCUUCGAUCUCAAACAAUUUCCAACCUUAUCAAAGAUUUGUUCUCGAUGGCGAAUUUUGGUUCAAGAGCGAUUGAAGAAAGUAACACACUUGAAAUAUGUGUCAAAAUUGUCAGAAUUACAAACAGGAUGGAAAAAUUAUACGGGAAAAUAUGUUCUUACGAAUAAGGCGACUUUUCUAGAGCGAAUUAAACUCUCUCAAGUUCUUCCAAAUGUCUAUAGCAUAAAUUUGCAAAAUGGUUCAUCUGGUAUAUUAGCUAAUCUUCUUGGCACUGGAAACUCAAUCUGCAUCCUUUUUAUCUAUAAUGAGUUAAAUUCUCAAUUUAUAAACGACAAAAUCAAUUGGAUGAAAAGAUCAUACCUCAUUUGGAAAGUGUUGAGAAAUUAGGCACUAACAAUGACCAGUUGCUUAAAAAGUAUCUCAAGAAUCAUGGUCAUUUAAAGAGAUUGAAAAAAUUUGGCUAUACGGCAAUGUCGGUGAAUAUGAUGCAUGUUAUUAAUUUCGCCGCAUCAUUGAUUAAUCUCGAGCUUCUUAAUGUGGUUUGUGACACAACAUUUGAUGAAAAGGGUUAGAAAGCUUUUCUCAUUCUCGGGUCAAUCUUAUUCUAAACUCUAUCUAAAUUCAUUCU